UUCUAUUCAUCUAUAUCACCCAGGCAUUUCUUCAAUCCUGUGUUACAAACCUCUCAAAUUUCUAAUCGUUUAAUCUGUCGCAGAAAGCAGUCCUGCAAAUCUCGCGAAGCAGCUGAUGCUCGUUGAUACUGCGCAACCAGAGCCAACAAAUAUUUUUCAGAAGAUUUAGAACCCAACGUCCCAACCUGAUAUUUCAGUCUGCACAAGAAACUGGGGUUCCAAAUAUCUUGUUAUCUCGGUGAAGAUCAACAACCAACCUGCUCGGUUGUUACAUGCUUGGUUGAGUUGUUGUUGCUCUCAUGGCAAUGGAGACCCAGUUCGUCGGAAACCAGGCGAGACAGACUAGGAGGCGCGACCAUGCGACGAUCAAUCGGAAGGAACAAAACCUGAAGAAUGCGUCUCCGGCGUCGAGCUACUUCAGCACGCAGGCGUUCAUGGUGCUGGCCUGCGUCGCCGUGACGCUGCUCGUGCUGCCGCUAGUCCUACCGCCGCUGCCGCCACCACCGGCGAUGCUGCUUCUGGUACCGGUGUGCAUGCUGCUGCUCCUGGUCGUCCUGGCCUUCAUGCCGUCGGAUGUGAGGACCAUGGCCUCCUCCUACUUGUAGCUAGAGCUAGAAAAUUGUAUAACCAGCGAUUUUCUUGACGACUUUUUGGUUCAGUUUCGUUUGUCAUCACUUUAAUGAGUGCAAAAAAGGGAUUUUUUU